AUAUAUAUGUGGACACACACUUGAUUAUUUGUCAUUAUUUAUAUAAUGAAAAUUAUUUUCAUAUUAACUUCUUGUCGUCUUUUUCACAUUUUUGGUUACCAAGAAUAAAGUAUACGAGAAACUAUACCAAAUAUAUACUUCAAGCGCUCCGAAACAUGUUCCAAUGAUACACGAUGAUACUAAAAGUAUGAAAUUUUUAUAACGAGUGUAUUACCUUUAAUAUACUAUACUUAUACUAUUCAAUUAAUUAUUAAUAUUAUAAUUAUCAAGUUUUUUAUAAUUUUAGCAAAUCGUACAUGACUUUCAGACAUUAAAAAGACAAUAAAAAGGAAAAAUUUCUUCUUGUUCUUUUUUCUUCUUUAUUGAUAAACUGUAGGGUUUAAUGUUACUGUAAAUGAUUUAUUAAAUAAAAAGUCAAUGAGCUUCGUUUAACCAGAAUAGAAACUUCCUCUCGUCUGUAUAUUCGCUGAAUACUUGAUGCUCGAUAUUUCAGAAGUAAAAUUUAACUGACGUACUUUCUCGCUUUCAUGCCUAGUAUUUUAUAUAAAUAAUCUCGCGCUUUUCUCAAUCGCUCGCUCGUUUCUGUUAUCGCUUUUUGUUAUGCACGUGUUUAUGUUUCAGCAUUUAAGCAAACGAACUGCAUUCAGAUAAAUGUAUAUAACAGAAAAAACUGUAUAGAAAAAAGGUUUAUAUCUUAUUUGUCAUUCCAAUGAAGAAUCAAAUAACAACAGUUUUAUAAUACAAUGCCCUGUUAUCGUAUUCUUUGUAUUUAAAAAAGAAGAUGACUACUGAGAAUUUUUUUUUUCCAAUGCAUUUAUAUAUUUCCAAUGCAAUUUUUUUUUAAUUUUAUAAAAAUUUGUUGAUAUAAAUUCAGAUCGCAUGAGCAAAGUCCGAACUUCGUAUUCUUUAAAUAUUCCUCGUUUCAUCUUCCAUCCUCACUUUCUGUCAAGAUUGUUAAGUAGGAAUCGUUGUAUUAUGCUAACAUAGUUCUGUAAAUCUCAACAAUUGUUAUUACGAUUAUAAGAUUAUUUUUAUUUUUAUUUUUAUUAAAUUGUUUCUAAACUUUCCAAUUGAUUCAAUUCAUCAUGGAGUUCAUUGCAAUAUUGAUUGUUAUUACAAUAAUACUAAUUGGAUUAUUCUGUGAAAUUAUACAAUAUUUCUUAAAUAAAUUACAUAUGUACAAUACGAUCAAAGGAAUCCCGGGUCCAAAAGCAUAUCCAAUUAUCGGAAAUGCUCAUUUGCUUAUUGGCGAUACCGAAGAUAUAGCCCAACAGUUUUUAAAUAUUGGUAGGAAUUAUCAUUCAUUGUGGCGUAUAUGGAUAGGCACGAGAUUACUUGUAAUGGUAGACGAUCCUGAAUAUGUCAAGAUUCUAUUAAGUAAUCCAAAUAUUAUUGAGAAGAGCGAGGAUUAUAAAUACAUAAAACCUUUUGCGGGCAAUGGUUUGUUUUCUGCUCCAGUAUCAACGUGGAAUCCUCAUCGAAAAUUAUUAAAUAAAAUUUUUCGUAAAGAAGAUGUAGAGUUGCAUAUGGAUGUACUCGUCAACCAUUCUAUCACUUUAAUAGAAAAAUUGGAAUCUUUAAUUGGAAAAGAAAUAGACGUUUUCCAUUACGUAUUUCGCUGUACAUUGGACAUAAUAUAUGAUGGUGUACUUGAUACCCAACUAAAUUCCUUGGCCAAUCAGAAUUGCAAAGUAGUUGAGUCUAUUGAAUGUUUGAUGGAUAUAGCUGCGCAAAGGGUGUGUAAAUUAUGGUUACAACCGAAUAUAAUUUUUUAUAAUACUUCAAUAGGAAAGAAAUUUCAGACAUGUUUAUUCUACCUGGAUAAUGUUACAAGCAAUAUAAUCAAGGAAAAAAAGGAAUCUAUGUUGAGAAGUAUAAUUAACAAGACGCAGCAAAGUUCAGAACAAAAGUCAAGGAUACUUCUAGACUUUUUAUUCGAAUUAUCGCAUGAUGGAGGAAAAUAUUCUGAACAAGAUAUUCGAGAUGAAAUCAAUACGAUUGUUAUAGCUGGAAGCGACACAUCAGCUACUACCAUUAGUUUUGUACUUUUAAUGCUUGCUACAUUCCCUGAUAUUCAAAACAAAGUGUUCGAGGAACUGAAUCAAAUUUACCGCUCGAGCGAUCCGAAACAUGUUCGAAUAACACAUGAUGAUAUUAAAAAUAUGAAACUUCUGGAACGAGUAAUAAAGGAAACGUUACGCCUCUUUCCUGCAGGUCCUGUGAUCGUUCGAAAAGUAAUGCAAGAUAUAAAAGUAACAAAAAACUGGACUAUACCGAAAGGAAGUUCUGCGGUAUUUUUCAUAUAUAAUCUCCAUCGAAAUGAAAAAUAUUGGUCCCAACCACUAAUAUUCGAUCCGGAUAGAUUUCUACCAGGGAAGAGGCAUUCUACCAAUUUCUUUCCAUUUAGCUAUGGACGCAGAAAUUGCAUAGGUCAAAUAUUCGCUAUGUUAGAAAUGAAGGUAAUAAUUGCUUCCUUGUUAAGAAGAUUUAUCUUUAAAAUAGAUCAUCCGGUAGCUAUUGAAAAAAUUUUGAUAAAAAUAAAUAUUUCGUUAAAACCGGCGAAUCCUAUAAGAUUAAAAUUGGAAAAUAGAAAUUAAUUAAAAUAUGUUAUAUAUAUAUAUAUAUAUAUAUAUAAUGCAUAUAUACUAUAUAUAUACAAAACAUGUUCUGAUAGUAGAUAAUUUGUAGCAGAUAUAAGUUAUUAAUCGAAUAAAAUACAAAUCUACAAAAACUACAA